CAUAUGGAUGGAGGUGAAAAUGUAGUUUUAAGCCUUUCCUCUAAACUAGCGAAUAUUAAAGAUUAAUUAAAAAUAGUAUUUUCCUGGCGUUUAGACUUGAGUGUUGCAUUUCCUGCACUCUGUUUGCUGGGCAAAGUAUUACUAAUGGACACAAAACAAGACAUUCACCACGUAGUUGGGUUUAUCUGGCUGGGGGUAACGAUUCCCCCCAGCCGUUUUAUUAAUAUUAAACUUUCAAAGAUUAGGAUUCAGAUAAUAUAUCGCAUUAAAAUGUUCUUAAACAGUUCUGCCCAGGAAAGGUGAGGGCAAAAUUACGUCAUUACUUACAAAAUAGGCAAUAAACAUUAAAAAUAAUGACAGAUGCAGACAUGGGGAGGAAGUGGGUGAUUAAUAAAUUUUGAUAUCUUCACAAAGUGGUGUUCACUUGGCUGUAGACUGAAUGCGACUGAUGUGAACCGCAUGAAAAUAUGUACUAUAAAUGACCCCUUUUUCAGCCAUCUGCUUGAUCAUUCCGCACCCUAGGGACAUUCUCGCCAUUUCCUUCGUGUGCUAAUUCUUAUCUUACCACCACCUGCUUAUCAAUUAUAAUAACCAACCUAGCAAGCAAAUAUUAUAUUUUUGCCUCUCAUUGCUCGCUUUUGCUUUGGAAUUUUUUUUUCUUAAACUGUGUAGGUUUUUUCUGGUUUCCAGUAUUAUAAAUAUUUUCUUUCUUCCAUUCUGUUUAAAGAGUGCAAAUCUGGAUAUAUCUCCCGUGACAAUCUUUGCUACAAGAGGAUGGGCAGGCGUCCAUGGAUUGUCGCUAGAUGCCGGCCAGGGGAUAAUUUUGUGUUAGCAGAAAACCAGGAUGAAAAUCAAUUUAUUUACGAGAAAUUUGUGCAACCAUUAAGAAGGUCAUUCUGGUUGAAUGCCCGCGUGUGUGCUGCAGGGAAGCUAUGCAACCAAAGUUUUGGCACAGUAUUCUAUCAUAAUUUUGGUAGAAAAUUGUUGAAUACAGGAUGUGUUGAAAUGCCGUAUGGCAAGAAUGGGAAAUGGACAGCGAAGAAUUGCAAAGCGGCUUCCUAUUAUAUUUGCAAAUACGGUUAGUAAUUGCAUCUUGCAUAAUGUGUUUCCAGUGAUAUAUGAAGCUUGCUGUUUUGUUUAGCUCGCUUUUGAUGAAACUAUGGCAAUAGCGAAAAUUCCGAAAAUAUACCUCGCAUUGAAACAGGGUGAGGAAAAAUGUUUCACUGUUCAUGCAGGUUUUAGUUCAAAUAAUACUGACUGGCAUUCGCCAACUUCUUUGCGUUUGCAAUUAUUAAUUCCCAGGGACCAACUCAACAAUGGCCAUGGUGGCCAUGUCGGUGUUCCAGACAAUUAUUUUGAAUUGGAACACCAAUACGGCGACUGUGACCUCAAGUCCAAACGCUCUAUAUAUCAUGUCUUUCCAAAUUUACUAUUUUGGAAAACUGCAUUCAUUUUGGUUUUCUGUUCUUUAACAACAAGCUGGACAUUCAUAGUAUUGAAGGAUGCGCAGAUAUUCAUGCACAAUACCAAAUUUAUUAUUUCAUUUUGUUUCAAAAUUAGAAUGCCGAGAUCUUGUACAUAUAGCAGAAAAAUUUUCCGUUGCUGACUUUUUGCCGAUUUCUUAAUUUUAUUAAUUAUUUUAAUGUUUUGUUCAUUGCUGACCCAACUCCUUGCAAUUUACUAAAAAUACAAAAAAGGAAAGGCGUUGCCAAUUCGCUUCACAAUUCAAAAAUAUAUAGUGAUAUUUUGAUUGCAUUCUUCAAAAUCUGUGGUUUUCAAUGGCUUUGAAUUCGAUCAGUCACGCAUUUAAAUUUCGUAUGCUAAGUUUUUGACACAUUUUAUGAUUAUACAACAUCACCGACGUUGAGGUGAAUAAUUGCUUAAGCAUAUACCAUAAUUAAACAAAUCUAUUUUAAAAAAAAAUUGCAUUUUGGCCCUAUUUCCAGUAAUAGUUGUAAACAAAACAGCAUUUACUUGCGUUCUGUGAUAUUAUUCAUUUCAUUUCAUUCAGUAUUAAACAAAAUUUCGGCUUUGGCGAAACUUCAUUCUUCAUUUAUUACAAAAGUUUGCUCGGCGUCGGUUUUCCAAAAAGUACCGAAUAACUAAGCAAAAUGCAGCCCAUUACCUUUAUUUUCUUUUUUCUUGCAGAAAAGUUUUGAACUUACUAUGAGAGAAUGCUGUGUUCCUCUUUGACAUAACUGGUGAUUAAGAAAUAUAGUCAGCUAUAGUAGUCUAAUAAUAUUGUAGUCGAAUUUCCUUGAAUUUUUGUAAUAAAAUAUUGUUUUUAUGUA